CCCACUGUUCAGUGAUUUGUGUUUAUUUUUUAAAAGCCCGCGACAUCGCGACAGGAAAUUUUUGCAAGUUUUUCGAAUUCCCAAAGAGUUUUAACGUUUACCGCGGGGAAAUCGCCAUGUCCUAUCGGUUUGCAUUCAACCUGGACCAGUAUCCCAAGGUGUGCCGGUUAUGCCUGAAAGAGCCGGGACCGACGGGAAUUUCGCUGGAAGUUUACGAUGCCGAAAUUGGAACCAGUAUCGGCGAAUACAUUGCACGGCACUUGCUGGAACUACCGAAGAACACUGACCACCUGGUCCCGCAGGAAAUCUGCGUCGGGUGUAUGUCGGAAUUGAGAUCGUUUGCUCGAUUUCGAAAAAAGACCAUCGUUAUCCAACAGCUGGUCGAGGCAUUGGUAUACGUGAAGCGUGGUAAUAACGAGCCCUUGGAGGAACUAUUCCAAAAUCGAUUCAAACUCACCAAAAUGCUGCACAGUAUGGAAAUCUGCGAUAACGAUAAGGUGGCCGCCGAACACAUGAUACAGGAAUUUCCGCGAUACCUUAUCGCGAGCAUACGGGACGAUAAAUCACGUUCACGAAAUCAACCACAUACGAAGAAAGUCGAUCAUGCAAGUAUUCCUGUUCAACAGGUACCUCAGACCGAAAUUAUUUAUGUUAAAAUAGAAGACAGUUCGCCUUUUGAUGACUCAACAACUGUUGAAACUUCAGAAAUGAACGAUUUUUCUGAUCGAAAUGUAGAAGAACCUCCAGAGCCGGCUCCAGACGACUGCGACCCGCUCCAUAACAAACAUAAGCCGCGAUCCUUCGCGUGCGAUCAAUGCCCUAGGGUGCUAGGCUCUGCAUCAACUUUACGGAUGCACAAGGAACUGCAUUCCGGCCCGCCCAAAUAUCCCUGCGAAAAUUGUGACAAGCAGUUUUAUUCAGAUAGCAGUAGGAAAAAUCACAUUAUUCUAAAACACAGUAACAGAGAGAAACGUUCAAUCAGAAAUGCUGAGUAUAUGGUCACCGCUACCGGCCCCAUGAACCAGUUGAUGGCUCAAAAGCAGCAAUCAACGAUAGGACAAGAAGGAGAAGGGAACCCUUAUCUGUUCACUUGCGAAUUCUGUGGCCGGCGCUUUAAAACGAAACCUGCUCUCAAUAGCCACCUGAAGACACACGAAGGCGAACCCAUAUUUACAUGCCAGUACUGCGACUAUAAGGCAAUUAAAUAUCAAUAUGUUAGGAAUCACGUAAAAAGCCAGCACAAAAAAAGUAAUGCGUUUGAAUGUGACAUAUGUCAGCUUGUUUUCACGCGAAAAUCUGGUAUGAUGGAUCACAGGAAUACUCAUACAAAAGAAAAAAACUUUAAAUGCUCGAUGUGCGAGAAAGUGUUUUACGCCGAAAGAUAUUUGAAAAGACACGUUACAGUUGUGCACGAGAGAAAACUACUAUUUUGUACAUAUUGCCCAAAGGACUUUCGUAACACAUGGAAUCUCUUAGAUCAUAUCGAGGUGGAUCACGGGAUUCAAAAGCGCUUCAUAUGCGAUAUUUGUUUGAACGUAUCAUCAACGCAGUCUGCCCUGGACGAGCACAAGAAGCGUCAUGAAACCCCUAAUCAUCUGGAAUGCGGUCGCUGUUUGCUUCUGAACAGCACUCAGGAAGCUUUGGGCAACCAUCUCUGCAUUAGCUACAGAGACGAUUACUUUUGCUGUGGUAGAGAUCAGCGUCAUCAUACGCAUUUUAACAAGCACAUGUUUCUGGUCCACGGUCUGCGCACAAAUGUCAGAGUCAAACCGGUACCCGGCGAACUGAUUGGUGUAACGCGAUCAAAAAGGAAGCGCGUUGAAAGCUGCACGUUUUGUGGGGAGAUGUUCGAUACCAGAACGUUGAAGAAGAAACACAUGGCCGUUUGCCGAGAAGCUGUCAACGAAGGGGUUAUAAAUAAGGAAAGCUGAGAAGAAGGAUAAUUUGAACUGUUUACUAUUGAAAUAUGAGUUCUGAGUUGACUCCAUCAAUUGUAACUUUUUGCCAACACCAAACCUAACUUUUGCUAGUGAAGCCUCGAUAGUGUCUACGUUUAAAUGAAUUAAUUAUUGUUUUACUGGUUGUUCUGAAAGGUUAUUACCGUUUUAUUUUUUUUAAAUGCUAAAGUACUUGAAUU